UUUCAUUCAUUCAAUUUAGGUCACUCCUGUCAUCAAACGAUAGAGAAACCAUAAGCGAUUGAACCCCACUUAUUCAAAAACAGUUUGCAUUCUUUGCUCGAUUUUCACUUACGGUUCACUUUCUCCUGGAACAUUUGUGACAAAAGAGCAGAGACCAUUGUCAAGGAAAAGGAACGAAAUGGUUCGCGAGAUCACUGAACAAAAUGAAAGGAAUACACACGUUGGUUAACAGCAAUUUCGUCCAGGUAAUAAACGACAAGGGGACGGGUUUAUAAGCUUGCAGAGAAGGUAGGGAGAGUCGAAGUGAAUGGCUUUCUCAUCGUGGAUCUUCAGUAUUCCUGGUUCCAGUCGGACCGAUGGAUGGUCUCCUCUUGUACGCUAUUUGUUAUAACAGCUCAAUUUAUCAAGUUGGUGUUCAAUAUAAUUAAGAAACUUGUGACGAGAGACGAAAAAUUUAGUGCUUGAAUUAUUGAAAUAUUGUUACAUUGUACAAUUAAUCAUGAAUCUGGCAACGAUCUUGUUGGCCCUCGUAGGAUUAGUCAAUGGUCAAUUAAACUUCGAGGGUAAUCCAUUGACGGAAAACACCGAGUACACGGCCGUGGAAUCACGACUCUUCGAAAAAACUGCAAGGCAAAAAAUGGCAGAGAACAUGACGGAUAUUUUGACAGAAUCUUCUCAAAACUUUCAUCUUUCGUCAUUGAUCCCAAAUGUUAGUAAUUCGAGCCAAUCCGCAAAUCCGAUAAAAAUCGAUGAUCAUACAAUCAUUCAAAGAGAUUUAUAUAAUUCGUCGUAUCCAUCGAAACAAGAGAAGAUCGUUCAAACGGGUCGACAUUUGUCUACAAAUACCUACAAUCAAGGAAUCACCUCCAAGGCUCAAGUAGCGUUGAACACUUUUCUAAACUCCAAGACGCCAGAAGAAUCACGGCUGUCUUUAGAUCAUUAUUUACAAAGCAAAGAAAAUCUCAAGAACGUCGAACCAAUGAAUGUACAACAAUUAGCGCAACAAUCAGUAAUGCAGGUUAAUCAGCAACCCAUACCCUCCUCGGUGAAUCAACAUUUGACUGCACAACUUAUGCAACAAAGACAGACGUUGCAAGCUUUUCCAGUUAAUCAGCCAACCUACAAUUCGCCUGUGAACCCGAUAGAUAUUCAUUCGAGUGUAUCAAAUCCAGUAUCUAUACCUUUAAUGCAACAACAGCACGCGCCUGGAAUUCAAGCGAGGAACGAUGUCUUUUAUCCUGGAUGGUAUCAACGUGUGAGAAGAGUGCAUGGAAAACCGUUUCCUUACGCACAAUCUAGAAUUGGAUCUGGGAUAUAUGUCGGUCCUGUUCCUCCAGCAGUACCGUUCAAGCAGAAAGGCUCACCUGUUGAAGUGAUCUACACGAAGCCACCAGGAUUUCAUCGUGGUCCACCAAUUAUCGGCAACCCUUCUAUCCCAUAUGAAGACGCUAGCGCUUGGUUCCCCGAAGUUGAUCAUCCACCGUCAAAUAAAGAUAUAUAUUAUUCUCAACUAUACGCCCAAUCGUACGACCCUUAUUAUUACAAUUACAUCGCUAAAACGGGAAAGAUAAAACCUCAUUUGUAUGGAAAAUUGGGUAAGUAUCACGAAGAGGAAGACGAUGGUAUUUGGUCCGAAUUGUACCAAGGAUUCAAGAAACACGGUUUAAAAAACAUUAUGACACCAACGUUCCUCUUGGGAAUGACUCUUCCCGUGGUCACUCUAAUGCUCACUGCGCUCGUGCAGAAGAGGUCUUUCGCUAGGUCGGAUUCGAGCAAAUUCUCGACACGAGAGGACACGAUCCAGGAUUAUCUGGAACAAGUUCAAAGAGCUGUAGAAUGUUAUGAAAAAAAGAGAAGGAAGAGGGACACGAAUGUAGAUGAGUGUUAGAGUUAUAAUUACCUUUAAUUCCGUUAAUUUAUUAAACAUGAAUGGAUGAUCAAAGAAAUGGAGAGGACGUCUUGUAUAUAUAUUAUGUAAUGUA